GCCGGCGGGCGGCUCGCGCGGGCGGCGGUGGCGGCGGGGCGGGCGCGCGCCGGGCGGCGCGGGGCUGCGCGGGGCUCCCGGCGCCCCGGAGCCAUGCGUGGGGCAGCGCCGGUCGCCCGGGGACCCGGCGCAACUUGCGGGGCACCCUGAGGAGUUGGGGUGGCCGCGGGCUCAGCGCCGCGGCGCCCGGCCGCCUUCCCCCUCGCUAGAACCUCCCUCGCUUUCGGUGGUGGGGGCGGGGGCUCGUGUGCCCCCACCCCUGGGAGCCCCGGUCCGACCCCGCCCGCGGAGCCGCGCAACUUCAGCGGAGCCGGGGCCAAAGUGAGCGCAAAGUGCAGCCCAAGUUGCCAGGAUGGAGCUGCAGAGCCGGCCCGAGGCGCUGGCCGCGGAACUCACGCUCCACCAGAACGGCGACCUCAAGAAGCAGCUCCACGAGAGGCAGCCGCGGAUUGCUGCGCUCAGCGACAAAGCUUUGGGAUCCAUCACCGCAGUGCCUGUCGCGGGUCCUCAGGUCAGCUCCUUGCAGAGGUUGGCCGGGCAAGGAGCGGCAGUGCUACCUCAGGUUAGGCCAAAGACUCUGAUUCCAGACAGCCUCCCCGUCACCCCAGGCCGGGACCGGCCACCCAAGCAGCCUCCCACGUUGCAGAAGGCCGCCGUGGUCCGCGUCAAGAACCCCAGCCCAGCUCUCCCCACUGCCAACAACACCGUGAGCCAUGUGCCGACGCUCGGCAGCCAGCCGCAGGCCCUGGCCGAGCCAGCCGCCAUCGCCUCUCCUCUGAGCAGCGCCGGCGUGGCCUAUGCCCUCGUCUCCACCGCUCCCAGCCAUGCCGCCACCAUCGCCCCCAGCAACACUGUGCCCACGGUCGGUGACAGCGUCAAAGUCCAGCCCCUCCUCAUCAGUGCCGACAGCAAGGUCAUCCUCAUCCAGCCUCAAGUGCAGCCACAUCCCGAGGGCACGGCGGGUUCGAGGUCGCCCACGCAGGAGCCGUCUCAGGGAGCGCAGGCCGCCAAAAAGAAGGAGGACCAGCCCCUGAGCCAGGAGAACCCUGAGAAAAUCGCCUUCAUGGUAGCGCUGGGCCUGGUCACCACGGAGCACUUGGAAGAGAUCCAGAGCAAACGCCAGGAGCGCAAGAGGAGAAGCACAGCCAACCCCGCCUACAGCGGCCUCCUGGAGACGGAGAGGAAGCGGCUGGCGUCCAACUAUCUCAACAGCCCCCUGUUUCCCGCAGCGCGAGCCAAUGAGGACCCCUGCUGGAAGCACGAGACCGGCCACGAUGAGCACUGCGCCGCCUGCAAGCGUGGCGCCGACCUGCAGCCCUGCGGCACCUGCCCGGGGGCCUACCACCUCAGCUGCCUGGACCCGCCCCUCAGGACGCCACCCAAGGGCGUGUGGCUGUGCCCCAAGUGCCAGCAGAAGGCCUUAAAGAAGGACGAAGGUGUGCCCUGGACGGGGAUGCUGGCCAUUGUGCAGUCCUACGUCACCCACAAGACAGUCAAAGAAGAGGAGAAGCAGCAGCUGCUGCGGAGGGGCACCGAGCUGCAGAGCGAGCGCCGGCAGCUGGAGGAGCGGGACCGGCGCCUGGCCUCGGCCAUGAAGAAAUGCCUGGAGCUGAAGACGAGCCUGCUGGCCCGGCAGAGGGGCACCCGGUCGUCCUUGGACCGACUGCGGGCCCUCCUGAGACUGAUGCAGGGUGAACAGAUGCUCCAGGUCUCCAUGGUGACCACCAGCCCCAGCCCACUGCUGGCUGGGCCCUGGACCAGGCCCUCAGCAGCCGCCAUGCAGUCCGCCCUCCAGCACCCCCAGGGACACAACUGACCCGAGGGACCCGUCUUCACACCUGUGGGAAGCCCCUGGGACCCUGCUCACGAGACCUGAGGGUCCUGUCAGCCUUAAUUCAUAAACACUCUGAUUUUCAGACAAAAAUAAAACCAGACAGAAAGAGAUAGAGGAAAGAGGGAGGCAGAGCUGGGUGGGGGUUCUAGUCCUGGAGCCAGGCUGGGUGGGGGUGGAGUCCUACCCCUUCAGGCUCAGGCAGGACGCCCGGAAGCCGGGUGGGGAGCACCGUCUGCUCCAGCCCAGCUGUCCCUAUGGCCUUGUGUAGCGUGUGGAGGGCCAGGGUGACCGGUGCCCAGGGCCGGCAGCUGUCCAGCGUCCUGUGGGGAGGGAGCCGGGAAGGCAGGCGUAGCUGAGUAGUGCAGGUAGUCGGGCAGAAGUGGGUAGGAAUCUAGGUAGGACUCCGGCCCCUCCCCCACAGGGGGCCCACACCUGGGCCUGGGCAGCGGGUGCCUUUCCAGACCCCAGGCCCAUCUGUCAGUAUUAUUAGCGUCAAAAAUCGCAGCUGGUUGACUUGAAACUCUCUGCGGCCUGUGUUCCCUGCCAGUGCCACUGUCCCCACAGUCCCUGGGUGCCUGGCCGAGCGCCUCCUUCCUCUUGCUGAGGCUUCGGACUCACGUUGCUGUCAAUGUGUUUUUCUCAUGGAGUUUCGGGCAGGACCGAGUCGCAGCUGUGCGGAGGGGGCAUGGGGCAGGCGCCCCAUUUCGGGUUGAAUCGCUCAACUUGCAACUGAAGCCUUUUACUCUCCCCUUCCGAAGAGCCGGUCAAGUAUUCCUCUCCGUUUCUUGCCAGUACAGACACUAUGCCAAAAAUAACUUUCCGUUUUUGUAUGGUGUUUUUAUCGUAAGAUGUUUAAUGUGAAGCAGGCAUGCCUGCUGCAAGGCCCGCAUGGGACGCCCUCCUGGGCCCACCAGCCUGAGACUGCCCGGGGUGGGUGGGGAAGAGGGGUGGGCUGGGCCUCGGGAGACCCCACGGAGCCCCCCUUCUUGCCGGCUCCUUGAGAGCAGAGGGUGCGCUCACUGUCCUGGAGUGCUCCUGCACCCUGGGGUGGGCUGUGCCUGCUUGUCACUCCCACCAGCUUCUCCAGUCCCGAGGGACUUAGCACAACAGAUAAGCACCCGGGAGCCUGGAGGCUCCCACCCCCAGCCCUUCCCGCGGUGCUGAGCUGCAGGGACCGCACGUGUGCGGGCGAGCACGGGCGCAGCCGUGCAGGGCAGGGGGGCCGGCCCAGCCCCCCAGGCGGCUGCGGUGCCUCCUGCGUUUCCACGACUCCGGGAGACACUGUGCUGUACGAUACAGAUCUAUUUUAAUACACGUAACACUGGGUUGAACAAGAUUUUUAUAUUCUUUUAUCGAACAAAGUGAACUGUGGGACACAUGUCUUAUAUAUAUUGGUUACUCGAGACGCCAAUCACGCAUUGCCGCGUGGUUUGUGAUGUAAAGGUCUUCAGAUUCCUUCCUUUGGGUUUGUUUUCUUCCUGGACGGAUUGGACGGAGUUUUUAAACAGGGAACGGGAGGAUGUGAAAGGCUGGCCCCAGGAGGGGAGCUGCUGGCCUGUCUUGAGUCUUAGCUUCUUUGGACCACGGAGGGCCGUCCAGUGGAUAGUGCGGAUAGAGAAGUGUUCGUCGUGAAUAUGCCCGUGUAGCCCUUCUGUGGGACGCAUUAAACUCGGUUGAUGAUUACAGA